AUGGACUGGAAUAAUAACUCUAGAUAUGGAGCUGGUGGCGGGGGCACCAGCAUCCAAUGCCUCAACUUCAAUCAAGACUUCUCUUGUCUUGGAAUGGGUACCGAUAAGGGUCUUAGGAUCUUCAAUUGUGACCCUUUUGGGGAAUGCUUUUCUCAGCGAGAAUCAGGAGGAAACAAAAUUAUAGAGAUGUUGUUCUCUACAUCUUUGGUUGCCGUGGUUAAUAAUGCGUCAACUAGAAGACUCAAAAUCAUCAACACAAAAAGAAAAUCUGUUAUUUGUGAAUUGACUUUUCCAAGCGCGGUAAUCCGUGUCAAACUUAAUAGAAAAAGAUUGGUAGUCGUCCUUGUGGACCAAAUUUUCGUUUAUGACGUUAGCUGUAUGAAGUUGCUACAUACAAUUGAGACCACACGUAACCCUCAAGGCAUUGUGGCUCUAUCGGUAAAUGAUGAAUCUAUUUUAGCUUAUCCUGCCCAUUCAUCGAGCUUUGGGAGCAAUACUUCGGGUAUGCGGAAGGCAAGUAACGGCAGUGGAAUUGAUCAACAUCCUUUGCUGGACGUGGUUUCAACUGAUAGUAACCUCACACUCAAUGGUGGCAAUUCAACAAGCGGGAAAAUUCAAACCAAUGGCACAAUUAUCAUUUACGAUGCUUUGAAUAUCCAACCAAUGAAUGCUAUUGUGGCCCAUAAAAGUGAACUUGCCACAGUGUCUUUAAAUAGUGAAGGAAGUUUGGCGGCCACCGCAUCACACAAGGGAACCAUCAUACGAGUAUUUGAAACCAGGCCAGGCGGUAAGAAGAUUGGUGAAUUUAGAAGAGGUAUGGCGGGAACAUUGAUUCAUUCAUUGAACUUUAAUUUAGAUUCGACAUUGUUGUGCUCUUGUUCAAGCAACCAAACUAUCCAUAUUUUCAAAUUGGGCAGUGAUAACAAUAGUGGCAUUCCAGGUUCGGCUGAAAAUGAUAAUGAUAUCGAAAAUAAUGGUGAAGAAGGUAACGAACUUCGUAGAACAAGCACAAGCUCUUCAAUUGCUUCAUCCCAAAGUGCAAGGGUUUUAGCCUCAACUCACGAAGCCGAUAUUUCCACACAGCCUGCCUCGCCAACUGAUGAGCUGUUGAUCAACUCACUCUUGUCAAAUAAGAAAAGGUCUUCCUCUAUAUCUGGUCUUAUUUGGAGCAAAUCAAAAAAAUUCAGCAAUUUAAUUAUGACAAACUAUCUUCCUCAGCAAUUAACAUCUAUUUUGGAGCCUGUCCGCCAUUUUGCCUUUAUUAAACUACCAAAAUCAAGAGCCAAGAUUGAUCAAGAUGGUAACGAAAUACUAGAAUCCAGUGAUGGCGAUAAUUCUGCUGGCGGUUCCAGUAAUGGUGGUCCAAAUUUUGGAGGAACUCUUAGUGUGGUGGCAUUGAGCCAUAAUCUGAGUUAUGUUAUGAUCGCCACUGACGAAGGGAUGUUCUACAUCUACAACGUCCCACUUGAAAAAGGAGGGGAAUGCGUUUUAAUCAAACAGUAUUCAUUGCUUGAUGAAUGA